CCCCAACAGCCCGAGAUUGGGGUCCCCGUGCCUCCCGGACUCCUCGCUGCUCACAGCGUCCCCGCAGCCGGACCCCAUUUCACCCUCCAGCCUGGGGGACCGGCCUCUCAGGUCCCGCCGCCCAGGUCCCCGCGCUCAGAAUGAGGAAGAACAGACUAGAAGACAGAGGACAGCAGUUGUGGAGAGGAAGGAGAAGUCCUGUAAAUGAUAAGGAUAUGAACUUUGAGGACGUGGCCAUUGUAUUCUCUCAGGAGGAAUGGGGGCUCCUUGAUGAGGCUCAGAGACUUCUGUACUGCGAUGUGAUGCUGGAAAUAUUUUCACUUGUGUCAUCUGUAGGUUGUUGGCAUAAAAUCGAUGGUGAUGAGGCCUGUUCUGCUCAGAGUGUAUCUAUAAAAGGAGAGUUGCAGGUCAGGGCUUCUAAGACAGCUCCAAGCAGCCAGAAGAUCCCUCUGUGUAAGCGGUGUUUCUCUGUGUUAAAAGGUAUUUUGCACCUGAGUGGGUCACAUGCAGCAGACUUUGAGCAGAAAGCCUUCUGUAGUGAUGCACGUGUUGGAGACUUCUGUUUCAGUGCAAACCCUCACCAACAACAGAGGAAUGAAUGUGGAGAGGAGCCCUGGAAACAAGCUAUGGACAGGGCCUCCUCAGUGAGUAGGUCCAAUUUCUUAUCGUUGGUGCCUUCCACCAGCAGGGAGGUUGGGGAAGACUUGCAGUACAACUCAGAGCUUCUCCGGCACCAGGCCACUCUCAACACUGAGGAGCUACACUGUGGCAGUGAAAUUUCACAGCAAUUUCUUCAUGGAAAUAGUCACCACCAGUGGGUUGAAUGUGAAAAUGCUGCCAGACACAACCUGAAAGUUGUUCAACAUCAGGUUGUAUGUUCUCGAGUACUGAUUUAUCAGUGUAACAAAUGUAGGAAAGUGUUUAGACAAAACUUGAAUGUCAUUCGACAUAAGAGAGUUCACACUGGAGAAAAGCAGUAUGAAUGUAGUGAAUGUGGGAAGUUCUUCAGAGAAAGACCUGUACUCAUUAGACACCAGAGAGUUCACACUGCAGAGAAGCCAUAUGAGUGUGUGGAAUGUGGGAAGUCUUUUAGCAAAAAAUCCAACUUUACAAAGCACCUGAGAGUUCACCGUGGUGACAAGCAAUAUAAAUGCUCUGAUUGUGGAAAGUCCUUCAAUGGUAACUCCACCCUCAAACAACACCGGAGAGUUCACACUGGGGAAAAGCCCUAUAAGUGUACAGUAUGUGGGGUAUCAUUUCGUCAAAGGGCUCACCGCAGUAGACAUCUCAGAGUUCACACUGGAGAAAAGCCCUAUAAGUGUAGAGAAUGUGGGGUGUCAUUUCGUGUAAGAUCUAACCUCACUGCCCACCUCAGAGUUCACACUGGAGAGAAGCCAUAUGAGUGUACUGAAUGUGGGAAGUCUUUUAGCCAAAAAUCCCACCUUAUUAGGCACCUGAGAGUUCACAGUGACGACAAGCCAUAUGAGUGCUGUGAUUGUAGGAAGUCCUUCAAUGAUAAGUCUUAUCUCAAACGACACCGCAGAGUUCACAUUGGAGAAAAGCCCUAUAAGUGUAGAGAAUGUGGGGUGUCAUUUUGUGGAAGGUCUCACCUCACUGCACACCUCAGAGUUCACACUGGAGGGAAGCCAUAUGAGUGCACUGAAUGUGGGAAGUCUUUUAGCCAAAAAUCUCGCCUUACUAAGCACCUGAAAGUUCACAGUGAUGGCAAGCCAUAUGAGUGCUGUGAUUGUGGCAAGUCCUUCAGUGAUAAGUCUUAUCUCAAACAACACCAGAGAGUUCAUACUGGAGUAAAGCAGUAUGAAUGUAGUGAAUGUGGGAAGUUCCUUAGAGGUAGACCUACACUCGUUAGACACCAGAAAGUUCACACUGCAGAGAAGCCAUAUGAGUGUGUGGAAUGUGGAAAGUCUUUUAGCAAAAAAUCCAACUUUACAAGGCACCUGAGAGUUCACAGUGGUCACAAGCAAUAUGAAUGCUCUGAUUGUGGAAAGUCCUUCAAUGGUAACUCCAACCUCAAACAACACCGGAGAGUUCACACUGGGGAAAAGCCCUAUAAGUGUACAGUAUGUGGGGUGUCAUUUCGUCAAAGGGCUCACCGCAGUAGACAUCUCAGAGUUCACACUGGAGAAAAGCCCUAUAAGUGUAGGGAAUGUGGGGUGUCAUUUCGUGUAAGAUCUAACCUCACUGCCCACCUCAGAGUUCACACUGGAGAGAAGCCAUAUGAGUGUACUGAAUGUGGGAAGUCUUUUAGCCAAAAAUCCCACCUUAUUAGGCACCUGAGAGUUCACAGUGACGGCAAGCCAUUGAAAGGACAGAACGGGACUGAUAGCUGUGUCCCUAACUCCUCUUCCAAGAAAAAUCCACAGAAUGUAUCAGUUGCUCAGCCUGCCCGUAUCUCAGCCAAUGGGAAUGCAAGGAAAACAAACCCAAGGCCAAAAGUAUGCUGACCACCCCCCCCUGUCUUUGUGUAACCAGACCCUAGCUGCACCCUGCCCUUGUGUCACUAGCCCCUGGCCCUCACUCAACCAACCAGAAUCGGCCAAAUCAGUCCAAGUGUGCCC